AUGCUGUCGAUCUUAAGAACCCUCCUCCUGCUCCACGUCCUGUGCGCACCGACCUCCAGCCUGUGCCUCCGCCUCUACCAGACCGAGCCGGAAAUCCUGUGCGACGAGCGGACACCAGCCGCGAUCCGCAGCGCCGACGAGCCGAAUUACUCCGCGGCGGAGAGCUGGAGCUCCCGGGAGUACCCCUCCGCCUCCUCCGCCUCCUCCUCCGACGCCGCCGAGUCGAGGGAAAGGAGGGCUUCCAACCGCGCCGCCGCGAACUACAGGUUCCUCAGCCAGACCAAGUUCAGGAGCAAAACGCUGCAGAACAGCGCGAAGAGCGACAGGAGGAGCAAAUUCACGUUGUCCCUUGACGUGCCGACCAACAUCAUGAACGUCCUCUUCGACAUUGCCAAGGCCAAAAACUUGCGCGACAAGGCGGCGGACAACGCGCGUCUCCUGGCGCAGAUCGGCCGGAGGAAGUGA